AACUCAAGCGCAGACAGCUCAAACGGUGAGGGGACGGAUUUGAAGGACGUACCAGUCAGUGUUGAGCGUUUUUGGGUGCUUUUAUGAGAGGAAUUUGUCAAUAAUGGAAAUAAAUUCGGACCUGUCAGUUACUCAGUAAAAUAGAGACCUGAAUGUCUAGCCAUAUGUUUUCCGUACAGCAGUUUUAUGUUCCGUGGAGGAGAAUUUGCUGUAAAAGUGAGAAGCUAACUCCGGUGGCUCUGAAUUGGUUGUGGUCGUCCAACUGUCACACUGGUCCUCAUGUUGUUUCUCAGCAAAGUAACCAAAAGGGAGCCUCAAAUAAGCAGGUAACAAAGAGGCCCAAAAAAGAAAGAUCUUCAUGUCAAGCAGUACUUAAUCUCUUUGACCAGCAGUACAGUGAGGAACUUGGAGACCUGUGGCCAUCUGCAAGACGUGUGCUCCUGGACCCUCAAUCUUGGCAGUAUGGUGUCAUGCUCAACCGCUUCAGUGCUGUUACAGACAUCACACAGAUUCUUCAAUUCCAAGGCUUUUCCACAUUGCUGCCACAAAUGGAUAUCUCACCAUUGCUUUGCAAUGGUCCUUCCACGGUGUCAAGUUCUAAAUACCACAAAGGAAAAGACACUCUGUUGUCAUCUGACUACAUCAGCAAGUGCCCUCCUGAUGACUCCCUUCCUCAGCCUGACAGCACCUCGCACAUGCUCGGUCAGGACCCUCAAUCUGAACCUUCUCUCAGUUUGCCAUGUCCUUCAUUACAGUGUUACAUCCACCCAAGUCCACUGCGAUUUCCCUCUCAGGCUCACAGGCCUGGCCAGCUGAAGCAGUACUACCUCCUGAAUGCUGCCUCCCUGCUUCCAGUGCUGGCUUUACAGGUCAGAGAUGGGGAGAAAGUUUUGGAUCUUUGCUCUGCUCCUGGUGGCAAAGCCUUAGCCAUGAUGCAGAGUGCCACGCCAGCGCUUCUCUGCUGUAAUGAACCAGAUCCUCACAGACGGGACUGGUUGGCCAAAACGUUGGAGUCUUUUCUGCCUCACUCACUCAACAGCAGAGUGAUUGUGUCUGCACAAGAUGGACGGUCUUUUGGGCAAAGUGAAGCUGGUGUGUACGACAAGGUUUUAGUCGAUGCUCCGUGUUCAAAUGACAGGAGCUGGCUCUAUUCUUGCAGCAACCAGCAGGGGGAACAGAGGCUGAAGGAAAGAACCAGUCUGCCUGUGCUCCAGGCUCAACUGCUUAGGUCUGCACUGUCAGCGGUGCGUCCGGGGGGCAUUGUUGUCUAUUCAACCUGCACACUGUCCAGCUUUGAGAACAGUGCUGUGAUUGAGACCGCGCUCAGUGACUUUCCCGAGGCUGAACCUGAAGACCUGUGGGAGGAGAUUGCCGCUCCUUUAUCAAAAUACUUUGCAUUUAGUUCUCACCCUGGCCAUGGACGGACACCUCGCAAACCCUCCCUGCAGCCACAGAAUGGCACCAUGUCCUCUUAUCAACACAGACUCGGCAUUCUAGUGGUCCCUCAGCCCGGCAAAACCUGGGGACCCAUGUUUUUGUCUCGGAUCAGAAGAAGGAAAUAGUCGGCAUCUUCUUGUGUGGAAAAGAUAUGUGAAAUGAAAACUUACACAUUACCUCAGUGCAAAGCUCCACUGUAAGAAUUUACAGUUCAGAAGCUGUGAACUAAAAAGAAAGAAAGGAAAAAAAAAAAAAGUGAAAACAAAGGUAAACAUUAAUCAAAUUAUUUAAAUAUGAAAAGAAAAAGUCAAACUAUAGAUUUAUCCAAAUUUAUAUAUAUAUAUAUAUAUAUAUAUAUAUAUAUAUAUAGGAUUAAAGGUCUCUUAACGAACACCCCUAUUGUGAAAAGUGAAAUAUUAUUUGUUUUUAUAUAUAUAUUUUGGUUUCGUGUUGAUAUUGUAUUUAUUUUUAUUUUAUUUUGUUUUUCUUGUUUUAUUCUCUUGGUAAUAUUAUGUUACGUAAUCAUAAAGGAUGUGUAUGUAUGUAUGUGUAGGUGCGUCUACGCAUUUUUGUAGGUAUGAAUGUAGAUGUAUUUGUAUCUGUAUAUAUAUGCAUAUAUUAUUAAAAAAAAAGCUGCGAACUCUGCACAGUGCCAGUCAUUUUGCAAAGAAGGAAGUAAGAACAGCAGCUGUUUAUAUAUGUGGGUGUAAACACGUUAGCGUCAACAAAUACAGGUUUAUAAAAGUCAUAAAUGUUACAGUUUUAACAAUGUAAAUACUGCAAAAAACGCAUUGUGCUAAUACUUGACAGCAGGUGCACAUGCUCUUGAUUUGCUGUUGCCUGCACUGCCUUGAGAAGUUCUUUACUUUCCCACCAUUGACCCACAAUUCGGUUUGGAAACUCUCUGUAUAACUCCAUUUGAAGUGAUGAAUAAGCAAGACAGUUGAAGCUUGAAACAUACACCGAGUGUUGCAGCUACAGUUUUUAUUGUUUCUCUAGCUGCUAGCCUUUUUGUGUGUGGGUGUGUUACAUGAGAUUUUACAUUUUACAUUAAGCAAAUAAAAACAGAACAAUU